GAUUAAUAAUAUAAAGCCAAGGUCAUCGUGGAUCUCAAGAGAUAUUAGUGUUUGGUUUUGGUGAUCAAAGUUCACGUAAUUGAACAAGCUCUAGAAAAAUAAACUGAUUACCAACACUACACAAACUGCAUUAAAAUAUAAAAAUCAAGCUUUUUUAUUCACAAUGACAUCGUACAAGCUGAUUUACUUCCCCGAUCGAUUCCGGACCGAGAUAUGCCGUCUACUCUUCGUACUCGCCGACGUCGAAUUCGAUGAUCACCGCAUCGGCUACGAGGAAUGGUCGACGAAGUUAAAGAAAAGUUCGAAUACACCUACUGGGGAUUUACCUAUCUUAGAGAUUGAACAAAAAGAAGGAAAGAUUCUUCUUCUUCAGAGUCGAGCCAUUCAAAGAUACUUGGCAAAGGAAUUCGGUCUGUAUGGAGGUUCAAACGAUGAGGCCGUGAUCAUCGACGUCGUAACGGAAUGCUGGGAUGAAUUCCUCGAUGCGGCAGCCAAGAUCAUGUUUGAAGAAGAGCCAACGAAAAAGGAAUCACUGAGGCAAGCGUUUUUACAAGGAACUGGUCCACGUUUACUAAGCUAUCUCGAAAUCUUGUUCAAAAACAACAAUGAAUAUUUACUCGGUCAGAAUCCAUCGUUGGGUGAUGUGGCGACCUUCAACUGCAUCGAUGUGGUCAAAGAUUGGGUUGGCGAUGAACUCUUCUCUUCUUAUCCAAAACUGUUAGCUAUAAGAGACAAAAUAAGCAAGAUAGAAAACGUAGCCGCCUAUCUUGCAACAAGACCAAAGUGUUUGUUUUAGACUAGUAGUGUGCAUAACCACUGGCGGAUCUAGGGGGGGGCGUGUCCCCCUUUUUAAAGAGGCAUAAUCAAAAUUUGUAAUGUAAAUAUGCUGUUAAUCUCAAGUGUGCCACCCCCUU